CUCCAAAUGAAUGCGUUUCCUAGUACGACACUCGCCUCCCGGCGUCGGAGGAUUACCAAGGCCUGCGACUUUUGCCGCGAGCACCGGGUGCGAUGCGAAGCUGCUACGCCGUGUCCCCCCUGUGUUGCCAACGAUAUAGUCUGUCGUCGAUCUCGCCCGGUGAAUACUCCCCAGAAAGCUCAACGGAGGAGCAAUCCUGUGCAGACUAGCCAAGACGUUCCUGAGCAACCAGUGGACAGUCACCCAGUAGAAAGAACUCCAGUCAGCGACCCUCAGCUCAGGGAGUCAGUCCCUCCGCUAUCGCCAUCGCCAUCGGCGAAUCUGGCAUGGACUUCCCACAAAACCGACUCAACUCUAGGGUUCAUUGCCCGCAUCAAUGCCUUCUGUGGCGGUGAAUCACAGUUGUCCCCCACCGCUACUGCACCGGGCAGCGAUCCAUCUCUGGACCAGAUAUCAUCUUUCCCAUCCACUGUUCUACAAGGACCGCCGAACGCAGAUUGCGACUUAUCUCCAUCUCAGAUUAACCAUCUGAUGCGAAUAUUCUGGUCGCGCCUUCGACCAUUAAUGCCCAUUGUGGAUUGGAAGGACUUGAUCCCUUCUUCCCGACAUACCCCUUUGCAAGAUGCCGUCACGGCAUUCGCUCUCCAUUAUGUCUACCACUCCAGACUGCACACCAGACUUGUCGGUCUGCACUGGCCACAGUUCCAGCGCCGGCAAUCAACAGUCGGAAUGUCUUACUUCCGACGCAGCCUGGCAGCUGUCACCCAGCUGACGACGUUCGCCGCACCCUCCUUAUCCGUCAUUCAAUGCUACUGCUACCUGACUUCAUACCUCCUCGAUGCGGGACAUCACCAGGCAGCAUACAAUAUGGUGGGACUGGCCCUGCGUAUCGCCCAGUCAAUGAACUACAUGGACGCCCGGCAUCGUGGACAACCAGUAUGCCAGCUCUUCCGGCGUCUGUGGUGGACAUUAGUUUGCCUCGACUUCCGCUGCUCGCGGCAUGUCGGGAAGCCGGUCACUGUUCAUAUCGAAGAUCUCAUGUGGCUGAUGCCCAACAGAGAGUCCAAAGACGUCCAUCUAUCCAAUGGUUUGCUCUAUCAUACCGAGUCCAUUCGCCUGACAGCUGCAGCCUUGGCCGUGAACGAGGCCAUGGGUCACCGCUCCGUGCUGGAUGGGGCGGUGGAACCCGCGCACCUCGAAAGACGAGCCAAGUGUCUGUGCGAUAGUCUAUACCAUCUCCAAGACUGGUGCGACGCGGUGUCUCAAACACAAGUAUUUCCCGGCUUAGUCUUCGAGGUACCCGAUGCACCACCCGAUACCCACGAUGCACACGAGUUCGAAGGUCGAUCCGAGGAGCACUCAUCGAUGGUCACUUUGCUGAGCACACUGCUACUACUUCAAUACCAUAAUGCCAUCAUCAGCCUUCACCGCGUCUUCAUCCAGUUUCCGACCUACCCAUUCGUUCCCAAGUCGCAGCCCAAAGCCGACGCCCACGCCGCAACAGCACUCAACCACGCUUUGACAAUGAUCCGAACCACCCAUCAUCGAAUGGGCCUACACGACGUUUUGCACGGCCUUUCGGAAAUAUACCAAUACCAGUGGAACGCAGUACUGACCAUCAUCGGCUUCAUGCUAGCGUAUCCCUACUGCCACCGGUGCGCCCGAGCCAGAGAGCACCUCGACUUGGCCCUCGAAAUCUUCGACUCCGCCGGCAGUGAGAAUAUUACCGCAGCACGAGCCGCCGCUCUCACGCGACAUCUCUGCACUAAGGCUGAUACCCUGACUCAGGUUCUCGGUCCCGGUCAACCUACACCUGCUCCGACCGCGGAGAGUGAAACGUUGCAUGACAUGUUGUCGGACCCUGCGUGGCCGGUUGUUCGGGCCGAGGGAACUCUGCUUCCGGAUGUUCAUGGGGAGGCACAUUGGGCUUGGGCGGAUCUGAUCAAUUGGGAUUCCUGGUCGACUUACUGUGAGGAAGUAAGCGAAGCGUUCAUGGAUGGGGCGGAAAUUACACUGCCAAAUUCUUGA